GAACAGCCUGAGAUGAUGAUGAUGAGGAUAAUGAAGAAGAAGCAGCUGCUGUUGACAGACCGGGGUUUUGUUACUGGAUGUUGUCUUGGUCUGACUGGGUUUGGAUACUAUGAGUUUAUUGUCAUUUGAUGGGAUUGCUGGUCUUUCUUGGAGGAUUUACUUUUUCUCCUGCGUGUGUGCUUCUGCCAGGAAGGUCUUGAGAUGAAAAGCAUCAAAAACAUAAUAGAUGAGAUCAUGCAGCAGGACAUCAGGCCCCUGCUGGCCGUAGACAUCAUAGAGCAGCUUCAUCGCCAGUUUGCCUUGCUAUCUGGAGGGCGAGGGAAAGACGGUGCCCCCAUCAUCACUUUCCCAGAGUACUCAGGCUUUAGUGAAGUGCCAGAGGAAGAUUUCCUCAAUGUAGUUACUUACCUGACCAGCAUCCCCAGCCUGGAUGCUGCAAGCAUUGGCUUCAUUAUCAUCAUCGACCGGCGGAAGGACAAAUGGAGCUCAGUAAAGGCCUCUCUAUCCAGGAUCGCUGGGGCAUUCCCAGGAAAUCUUCAAUUGGUGUUGGUGCUGAGGCCAUCCAGGUUCUUCCAGAAGCAUAUAGCAGAUAUUGGGAUCAAACUACAUAAGGAUGACUUCAAAAUGAAGGUACCGAUCGUGAUGCUGAACUCGCUCUCUGACCUACAUGGCUAUGUGGAUAAAACCCAGCUGACCCGAGAGUUAGGAGGAAACCUGGAAUACUGUCACAGUCAGUGGAUACAUCACCGAACAGCAAUAGAAAAUUUUGCCAUGACAGUGAAAACCACAGCCCAGAUGUUACAGAAGUUCGGGACAGACCUAGCAGAGACAGAGCUGCCCAAUGACGUCCAGUGCACCAAAGACCUCCUUACAGCACACACCGACAAACACAAUAACCUCAAGGAUGAACUGAGGCUAGCUGUGAAGCAAGGUACCACCUUGUAUAGUUGUAUAAAAGAUCAGUCAGCCAAGUCAGAGGAUCAUGAACUCAACCCUGAUGAGAUGGAAAACCAAACUACUGUGGAAAGGCUUUUGGCCCAGCUAGAUGAGACAGAAAAUGCCUUUGAACAGUUCUGGAGCAAACACCAUCUGAAACUGGAGCAGUGCCUGCAGUUGCGUCACUUUGAACAGGACUUCAGAGAGGUCAAAGUGUCUCUUGACAGCUUGAUAGACAGUCUAAACAGCCUUUCAGACACUGGGGACUGUGUGGCCAGAGUUGAAAAACUGCUCAAGGAGCUAAAAACACUGGAGGAGAAAGCUCAGGCCACACUGGAAAAGGCACAACUUCACGCAUUGCAUGGUGACCAGCUGAUUCAGAGCAAUCACUAUGCUGUGGACUCCAUCAGACCCAAAUGUGUCGAGCUCCGUCGUGUCUGUGACGACUUCAGCAAUGAGGUCAAGAAAAAGACAGAUAUUUUGUCCAAAUCUCUGCAGAUACACCAGGGCAUUGAUAAGGUUAACCAGUGGUGUGAGUCUGGGAUCUACUUGCUGGCAUCCCAGGCUGUGGAUAAGUGUCAGUCACAGGAAGGGGCAGAGUCAGCACUGACAGACAUCGAACACUUUCUGGAGUCAGCAGAAAAGAACCAACUGACUGAACUGAGGAACCUCCACAACCAGUAUGAGGUUGUCUUGUCAGAGGAUAUCAAGGGUAGUGUGCUGAAGGCGCUAAAGAGACUGGAAGAUGUUCAAGAGAUGUUUGAAAAGCGGCAUCUCAGUCUGAAGAGACUGUCAGCUAAACAGACAAGGCCCAUCCAGCCUGUUGCUCCACGGCCUGAAUCCUCCCCCAAACGGCCCUCAGUGAAGAACACCGCCAGGACUGCAGGAGGCCAACAGCCUCUUGCUCGCAGAGCUUCCGAUAAUUCUAACAAACAGCAGGCUGAAGCUGAUCUCAACAAGAAGAAGAACAUAAGGAAGGCAAAGGGAGGAAUCAAGAUUGAGGUCAUGCAUGAAGAAAGCCAAGGAGGCUCCACACAUGUUGUUGUGACAAAUGAGACUGAGGAAAGUCUAUCCAACAGGCGCAGGCAUAUCAUGACUGAACUAAUUGAAACAGAAAGGCUGUAUGUUGAGGAGCUGCAAAGCAUCAUGGAGGGCUAUUUUGCAGAGCUGAAUAACUCAGAGCUUAGCCACCUCAUCCCACCAUCACUGGAGAACAAAAGAGAUGUGCUGUUUGGAAACCUGCCGGAGAUAUAUGAAUUUCACAACAAGACAUUUCUCAUGGAGCUGGAGAACUGUGCAGAGAAACCAGAGCUGGUCGGAACCUGUUUUCUGAAAAGAAAAGAAGAGCUUCAGGUGUAUGAAAAGUAUUGUCAGAAUAAACCACGCUCUGAAAUCCUCUGGAGGCAGUGUGGAGACAGCCUGUUUUUUCAGGAAUGCCAGAAGAAGCUGGAUCACAAACUGUCUCUGGAUGCCUACCUGCUGAAGCCUGUCCAGAGGAUCACCAAAUACCAACUCAUGCUGAAGGAGAUGUUAAAAUGCAGUAACGGUGAGGGGAUGGCUGAGUUGGAGGAGGCUUUAGCCACCAUGCUGGACAUCAUUAAGUCUGUCAAUGACUCCAUGCACCAGAUAGCAAUCACUGGCUUUGAGGGAAAUCUGAGUGAACUGGGGAAGCUGCUGAUGCAGGGAUCCUUCAGUGUGUGGACUGACCACAAGAAAGGCCACAGCAAAGUGAAGGACCUGGCGAGGUUUAAGCCUAUGCAGAGGCAUCUCUUUCUGUAUGACAAGAUGCUGCUGUUCUGUAAGAAACGAGAGGAGACCACUGAUGGACAUGAAAAGACCCCGUCCUACAGCUUCAAACACUCACUCAAGAUGAGUUCUGUGGGGAUCACAGAGAAUGUCAAAGGCGACAGCAAAAAGUUUGAGGUUUGGUACAACGGCAGAGAGGAAGUUUACAUCAUCCAGGCUCCCUCCAUGGAUGUGAAAAAUAUGUGGGUGUCAGAGAUUCGGAAAGUUCUUACAGGCCAGCUGGAAGCAUGCAGAGAAGCCAGCCAGCUAAACAUCUAUGGGCCCCCCAUGAGGAAUGUGCGUAAGAUGGCACUGAAACACUCCGAUUCAUCAAGCCCAGAGUCAGGCUUCAGGAGGUCCAACCCCAGCCCUAAUAUGAGGCAGAAGAGAGGCUGGGCCCAGCGGCGUCUUCUUUCCAUGGACACAGAGGACUUCGAGACGAUUCCCUCCAGCGCAGAGGAAUCCUCCAACUCUUCAGACGAGGAAGGCAACAAUAAAAAUGGUGACAGCAGCCGUUUCCGAGUACAGCUAACAUACGAGUCUCGUGAUCCGCAAGACCUGUCUCUGGAGACAGGUGACCUCGUCCAGUUUGUGGAGGAAGCAAAGAAUGGAAACUGAUAUCUUCAGUGAUCUGUGUACAGCAGCUCUCUCCGACUCUGAAAAUGAAGCCAGUACAUGGGGAGAUGUGUCUCAGGACAGCAAAUGAACAAGGAUGACCACUAUAGUUCAUUAUAUUUAACUACAAAUAUGGCUGAUGACUAUAACUGUAGUUUUUUUUAACUGUAAUUUCCUAAGCUGGACAAUUGUAGGUUUUCUACUUUUAGCUCUUAUUAAUGAAUUUGCAGAUAUGGCCUGCUAUUGUUUUUCAACAGUAGUUUUUAGAAAAAAGCAUGCCUGAAUGCCACAGCAGGAAAGCCAUAUAGGGUUUUUAAUUCAAGGAAGUGCCAGCUGCUCUCUGUGGGGAACUGAAGCUUUCAUGGAUGCUGAACUCAAAGUUAAAUCAUUACUUACUGUGGAGAAUUCUGGAUGCCUGGAAAUGUAAAACCUUUUCUGACCUGGAUAACCUUAGGGAAAGUGACAGUUUCCAUGUGCUGGUUGUAAGCAGGCCUUGGGAAGGCGGCCUGGUUUGCUGCUAACCUGCACUGAAGCAGAACUCUUUAAGAUCAAAUUCUUACUCUGAUACCCAAUUUCAAAUGUUUCAGCAUUUCAUGUUCAAAAUAUAUAUAAUUAAUUGCAUUUUUGAAAAGAAUCUAGAAGUUGUUUUCUUUGGUUUUCUCUAUCCUAGUGGAGCAUGCACACAAAUUAUAUCAAGUAUAGAGUUGCUUCAGAGACUAUUCUGACUACUAUAUUUUCACAGUCAUACAGGUUCUCAACCACCAUCAGGCCGGGGUCUUUCUGUGUGGACUUUGCAUGUUUUCCCUGGGUUUGUGUGGGUUGUCUCCGGGUACUCUGACUUCCUCCCACAGUCCAAAGACAUCCAGUUAGUGGGGACAGGUUGAUUGGUAACUUAAAUUGCCUGUAGGUGUGAAUGCAGAUGUGAAUGUGAAUGCAAAUGGUUGUCUGUGUCUAUGUGUUAGCCCUGCGACAGAUUGGCGACCCCUCCAGGGUGUACCCUGCCUCCCCUCCUAAGACAACUGGGAGGCUCCAGCCCC